UAAAAUUAAUAUUAAACUUGAACAAGUUGAAGUUAGACAACGUGGUCUCUCUCAAGAAUGAUCCCUCUCAUCCGAUUCAGUCUCUGGCGUAGAAGUGCUUGUGGUACAAUUCUUGGUCGAUGUCGUCUAUUAUGUACUCCAAUAAGCAAUUUUUGUGAGCUUUUGGUAUUGGGAACUGGUUCGUCUGAAUUUUCUCCAUUUCUCUGUUUGUCAACUGGUUCAGGAAGGUACUUAUUCAAUUGCCCAGAGCGUGCACUUCUUUCUUUAGCAUGUAAUUCCAUUAAACCUUCCACAGUAAACCACAUCUUUCUAACAAAGUCUUCAUGGGAAAACAUGGGGGGAAUAUUCUCUACAUUGGUUAAAAUGAAUCCAGAAUCCUCUCACUCGUCUGUUGCAACUGGCCCUUGUGGUUUCACUUUCUUGCGUGAUUCAUUAAAAUCAUUCGUGGACUUCGAUGACGCAACAUUCACUCCAAGAUCUGAUGAGCCUACCACUUUAAAAUUCAACGACAUAAAUGUGACUGCUGUUGAGCUCCAACCAUCUACGUUAUGUAAAACUGUGUCAGAGUCAAUUGCCGCUUAUGUCAUUCAGUUGCCUACACUGAGAGGAAAAGCUGAUAAAGAAAAAGCAAUUGAACUUGGGGUUGUAUCUGUCCAAGACUUUAAGGCAUUAUUGAAUGGGGUUUCUGUUACUUCUAUAAAUGGAAAUGCUGUGUAUCCUCAUCAAGUUUUGGAACCUGAACAAGUUGGACCACAGGCAUUAGUCUUGGAAUGCCCUGAUCCAGGCUUUUUGAAGGAUAUAACCACUCAUCCUUUCCUCAAUGCUCCUCAACUCAAACCUGUAGUUGUUGUUCAUAUUACACCAAAAGCUGUUUUAGAAACCACUUUAUAUAACCAGUGGAUGAAGCAAUUUCAUCAGUGCCAGCAUAUUCUUUUGCACCCUGACUUCUGUCCUUCAGAAAUAGCUAUUAAGCCUGGUCUUUAUUCAAGUAUGCUGCUUCAUUUGGUGGAACCAAAUAUUUUCAAUUUACCAACUACAGUAAGUCAUAAGAAAUCUUUGUCUCCUGCUUUUGAUAGUCCAGUGAUCAUUGGACAAUGCUCAAUGGCAUUUCAUAUUCGACCGUUAACACGAUUUGGGGUUGAUAAGAACUUUUCUUCAAAAAUGUGCAGCUCUUCUAUUGAUAGUGUAUUAAACGAUCUAAUGCUAGAUGAUCAAUUGAUAGAUUUUAUUGAAGCACACCCAUUUUUAAAAUCUAACUUUAAUGAUCUACUAUCGAACUUAAAAAAUAAGUUGCUAAUGGAAUAUCAUGAAAAGUUGACCAAGAAAUUAUUCAAUUCGUCUCGUACAAAAAUUACCUUUCUGGGAACUGGGGCUUCAAAUUUGUCAAUCACACGUAAUGUGAGUUCUAUUUUAUUGCAUUUGCCAUCUGGUGCAUUCAUGCUUUUAGAUGCAGGUGAAGGCACACUUAGUCAACUUUACAUGUGUUUUGGUUCUACUUUAGCUGAUGAGGUUCUGCGCAAUCUCAAAUGUAUAUUUGUGUCCCACAUGCACAAUGAUCAUCAUCUCGGUGUUACUGGUAUUUUGCAAAAGAUACAAAAGUUAAGUGGUAGCAGUAUUAAUGAUGACAGUGUGUUAGUAGUUGGACCCAGACACUUAUCUGAUUGGUUGCUGAACUACAGUAGUAAAUUUAGCAGCCUGAAGUUUCGUUUUAUUGCUGUAGAUAAGAAGGAAAUAUCUCUUCCUUCCUUGCAUCUUAAAAUGGAAUUUGUUCCUGUUUGUCAUCCUACACAUUCACAUGGUAUCAUUCUUUAUUACAAAAACAAAUGGAAGCUAGUUUACUCAGGAGACACAAGACCUUGUCGUGACCUUGUUAGAGCAGGAAAAGAUGCGUCUCUUCUGAUUCAUGAAGCAACGUUUGAUGAUAGUUUGCAAGCUAAUGCAGUUGCUAGGCUUCAUUCAACUAAAUCUGAGGCAAUUCAAGUAGCUCGUCACAUGAAUGCAGCAUUUCUGAUGCUUACUCAUUUUAGUCAACGCUAUCAUAAUCAUAUGCGACAUCAUGAUCAUAGCUGUUUUUCGUUGCACCUAUUUGAGGAUUUACCAUCAAAUGUUGCUGUAGCAUAUGAUUUCAUGACCAUUGAUAUGGAUGAACUUGAUAAACUUAGUGAUGUUUCUUCUACUAUUUCUAAAAUAAAAUAAUGUAUUGACAUAAUAAUUAAAUUUUAUGUGU